CCCCUGUCAAGAAGCGGGGGCAAGAACCAACUAACAAAGAAAGCAGGAGUGUCCUGUACCUCACUGUUGUUUGUCCGCCAGGCAUUUUAACCACAAUAAGGCCCUCGCUGAACUCCACCUGCUUUUUCCUGCAGCAUCCUCUUCAUGUUACAUACCUACACAGUAAACCUCCCUUCAUUCGCCAGAAUGGCGGGCUUGGCAUUCGAGAACAGCAACCUUACGGACCUGCCACCCAUUGAAAAUGAGAUUCUCGAGGGCGCGCCAUCCUCGACCUGGCGCGACUUGAGGAACCCGAAACUACGCCGGUUCCCCAGACACGGCGCCGAGAUUACAUGGCUCGAUUUUCUCGGCCACGGAAUAGCAGGCCUCGUGUUUAAAGUCACCAUCGGCGGCGGCGAUCCGGUGGCCCUCAAAAUUUUCUGGCGGGCACGGCGCCCCAAGCCCCGGCCCCGGCCCAACGACGACGGCUUCAUCCAGGACGAGUGGCCGUUCGAGGACGAAUGCCGCAACGUCGCCCUGCUCGAGAAGCUCAAGUGGAUCAUCACCACCGCCGACGCAGACCGGCGGCCGCUUCCCAUACUGCGACGGCCCAAGACCGCGCACGACAUCGCCGCCAACCUGCGCGGCUUCAGCGACGAAGCCCGUGACUCGCCCCGCCCGACCCGGCCGCCCGACGACCCCAUCCCAAUGCCGCCCGUCCCCGCGCUGACGGAAUGCUACGGCUGGACGACCGUCCGCCGCGACGCCAUCCCCCGCGUCAGCCCCCCGGUCUCGGACUACGUCGACGCGGACAUCGACUGGCACUGGGCGCUCGUGUACGAGCUGGUGCCGGGCGCGCCGCAGGAUCUGGCCGUCGGCCAGGCGCACCUGGAUUUUUUCUACGCCAUGGGGUUCGCGAUGGAGGCGUACAAGCCGGACAACUGGCGCGGGGGCCGGCUGGUGGAUUUCAAUGAUGUGUCGGCGCCGUUUAGCACGGGGUGGAGGCUGUCGGCCGUCGCGGUGCGCGACGCGCGGGCGUGGUUUUGGACGUUGGGCUUUGAGGAUGAGAGGAGGGUGAAGCGCAGGAUCGUCACGGGCGUCGGGGGCAGGGCGGUGCGACGGACAGGGAGAGAAGGUGGUUCUGUUCCUGCUUCUGUUGCCGUGGACAACAUCCAAGGUGCCGGAAAAUUCAAGGCUUAGCUCGGUACAGAGUAUUCAGCGUACGUGAAAUUACCAGGGGGCUCCACUUGCACUGAUUUCAGUUGCCCCGUCUCCUACGGAGAGGGGGGAGCACAAAUGAGGGACGCACAUCAAUUGUGGGACAAACAAACCGCUAUACAUUUUCUUAGCAUUUACGUUUGUACUGGCUUUGAACCUGAGCCACUAAGCCAAUUUACACUACAUCACUUUCAAACUUAGCAAAGCUAUAAAGAGGGUACUAAAUAGCUUAGAGAUAUAAUUAUUUUUAAAUUAGUUAAGUUGUUGUUAAGUUAUUGCUUGAUUUUUCC